AUGUUGGUUCAUGAUUACGAACUUUUCUCAAUGAAAGAAGGAGAAUACAUUGAAGAGAUGUUUGUCAGGUUUAGCAAAAUAAUUAGCGAUUUAAAGGCGUUUGGCAAGCCCUACACCAGUGGUGAUCAAGUCAGAAAAAUUCUCAGAAGUCUGCCAACCACUUGGCAGACCAAAGUAGUCACACUGGAAUCUCAAGACCUAAACAAAUUGUCCUAUGAUGAACUACGAGGAGAACUAAUUGCCUUUGAAAGGACGCAUCUCAAAAAGACAAAUCAAGAGGAGAAAAUGAAAAUAGUUGCAUUCAAAACCUCUACUGAAAUGGUUGAAAAUGAAAUUGAUGAUCCUGAAGCUCUGCAAGAAGAGAUUGCUAUGAUGUCUAGAAAUAUGGAUGGGCUAAUGAGAAGAUACAGGAACACAAAGAAAGAAAGAUUUCCACCAAGACGAUCCAGGCAAUACAACGAACAGGAUAAGAAUGAUGGAAAAUGCUACGAAUGUGGAAAAUUUGGGCAUAUUCAAGCUGAAUGCCUAGAACUAAAGAGGAAGAUCUCUAGAGGCUUCAACAAGAACAAAACCUUCGGAAGCUGGAGCGAUGAGGAUGACUCUGACCAUGAAGAAAUAACAAAUCUCUGCUUCAUGACAAUUCUAGAAAAUGAAAUGAAAAAAACUUUAGGAUGUUGGACAGAUGAAGAUGUUUCAGAUGACGAGAAUGAAAACUGUUUCAUGGCACGAGGUGAAACUAGUGAGCUCAACAGCAUGCGCAAAUCUAGCAGUCACAGUUCUGUUAGGUCAAACCAGACGACUUACAAGUCAACUGGAAAAGAACCUGCUAGAACCAGGUCGACUAGUUCCAAUACCUAUGAAAGACCUAUAAGCGGGUCUGAUGAACACCACAGAGUAAGCCGCAAAGUAAAAUGGUAUCUAGACAGUGCGUGUUCUAGUCAUAUGACAGGUGACAAAAACCUGUUCAAAGAAGUUACAAAAAUCGAUAGAGGAAGUGUUAAAUUUGGGGACGAUUCAAAGGGCAAUAUAGUUGGUACUGGAACAAUUCCCUUUAAUAACAAUUGUGACAUUACUGAAGAGGAGUUAGAGGAGUUAGAUUAG